GCACUUUCUUUCUCUUUCAACCAUGGCUUCCGAAAUUGCUCAGUGUCUUACUGCUACCCUUUCUGCUGACCCAACCACUCGUAUUACUGCUGAACUCAAACUUAAUGAACUCACUGCGCGUCCUGAAGCGGGCCUUACCCUGUCACAACUCCUCCUCGCUCAGGAUGUCGACAUUUCCCUGCGUCAGUCUGCGGGCAUUCUCCUGAGGAGGUAUAUCAGGGAGAGAUGGUCACCAUUCUUCGUACAAUUCAAAGGCAAUGCCACACAAGUAGAAGUUAAAAUCCAGAUUCGUCAAGCCAUCUUCCAAGGUCUUUCGGAUCCCAGUCGCAAAAUUCGAUCAAUAUGUGCUCAAAUACUCUCUAGCAUCGCGAAUUCUGACUGGCCAGACGAAUAUCCUGAACUGCUUACAUUGCUGAUUGGCUUGCUCUCUUCUGACUCCCCCGAUGCCGUCCAUGGUGCCAUGCAAGUGCUCGUCGAAUUCGUCAGCGCAGAUCUUUCAGAAGACCAAAUUCUACCUGUUCUGCGUGAACUGCUGCCCGUAUUGCUGAGUAUCCUCGGUGCACAAGAUCGUCACUCGGCGCUGACUCGUGCACGCACGAUUGUCGUUUUCAGACAGUGCGUCGAAGCUCUGUACAUGGUCAAAGAUCAACAUCCACAAGCCGUUAAAGAAGCGACGGCUUCAAUCCUCCCUGUGUGGCUUGAUGCAUUCAUUGUUCUUCUCAAUAUCGAUCCUCGCCGGGACGUAGAAAACACUCCGAACUGGGAUGGUCUCUCAAUACGCAUGGAAGUGUUCAAGACCCUUGACAUCUGCUUAACAUCCUUCCCUCGUACAGUAACUCCCUACGUACACGAUGUGUUGAAUGCUUCCCUUCAGCAUCUUCAUGCUCUGCAAUCCGCUUUCUCCCACUACUAUCUUACUGCGUCCUCGCCGGUUCCUCAAAAUUCAGAAGGCGGGACCAUCGAUCUUACUAACCUGACAUGCACGAUCUUUGACUUCGUGACACGCGCUGCUCGGGGUAGCCGAGCAAGAGAAUGGUUCAGUGAUGUUAACCUAGCCGCCCUAGUUCGUGCCGUGUUCGAUUGGGUGCAGAUGAGCAACGAAGAUGAGGAGCAAUGGGCGAACGACCCGAAUGCAUUUGUAGCGCAGGAUUCCGAUGAGACUCUCCAAUAUAGCACUCGGGUGGCUGGUUUUGAUCUCCUUUCAGUUCUGAUCGAGCAUUCUCCGGCAGUGACGGUUUCUGCAAUGAAUGCGGUUACUCGACAAAUUGUACAAGAAUCUAGUAACAACCGAGCAGCUAGGCAUGACGAUUGGUGGCGACCGCUUGAGGCUGCUCUGGCUGCUCUUGGCGCUACUGCAGAGAGUGUGCUUGACUGCGUUGAAGACGAACUAGACUCCGGGCGGCCGAAGCCUAUCGACAUCGAGUUCUUACUUCGAAGCGUUGUCCCUGCCUUGCUGGCACUUUCUGAGCGUCCGUUCCUGCAGGGGCGUGCAUUCGUAUUCGCCAGUCAAUAUACGAAGCUAUUGCCUGAGGAGUUAGCAGGACAAUAUCUCGAUGCGUCUGUGCAAGUUCUAGAGGCACCCGAAGCAGGCGUUCCUGUAAAGGUGUCUGCCAUCAGGGCUAUCCAAAAUUUCUAUCAGCAUAUCACUGCUUCCAACAAGCAAGCACUCGCACCUCGCGUUGUACAAGAUCUCCAACCAUUCGUCACGCAGACUUCGGAGGACACGUUGUCCCUAGUUCUCGAAACGCUCUCUUUCGUUCUUUUAGUUAACGACGGCGCAUGGAUAACGCCCGAGAUUGCCUCUUCUCUCCUAGUUUCUCUCAUGGAAGUUUGGACGAAGUUCAAUAAAGACCCACUCUUUGUCUCUCUCCUCGGCGAAAUCUUUGGUGCGCUGUCUGGAUCACCGGCGCCUGGAGCAUAUGAGAUAGUCUUGAAACAAGCAAUCCCGGUGUUGUGCAACGCAAUCCUCACUGCUAGCAGUGAUAAUGCUUGGCUUGCUGAGUCUGCUCUGGAUUUGCUUGAUAGCAUCAUUGGAGCCAGGGGAGAUCGAGAUCUAGGUGAUAACCUCUUCGCUACAAUUGCUCCUGCUUUGUUCUACGCCCUUGCUACAAAUGAAGACAGGGAUGUGAUCCAGAGUGGUAUCGCACUUCUUACGCUCCUCAUUCGAAGGGCAUUCAACCAGUUACUUGCCUGGUCGGAUCCUCAGACUGGCAAGAGUGGCCUCGAACACGUCCUCGCAGUGAUAGCUAAGCAGCUCCAGGGCGAGGAUGAAUCUGGCGGUCUCUUCAUUGGUGACCUUAUCAUUCAUCUUUUGAGGGUAGCUGGUGAAGCUGUGGUGCCUGUCUUGCCCGAGUUGCUUCAGGCUACGGCGAAAAGGAUGCAGACUGCCAAGACAGCUACCUUUGUUCAGAGUCUCAUUAUUCCUUUCGCCUAUUUAAUUCAUAAUGAUCAGCGGGAUACUGUCCUUACCCUUCUAGAGUCAACCGACAUUGACGGUCGCUCCGCUCUCGACGUCGUCAUCAACACUUGGUGCGAGAACGCCGAAACCAUGCAAGGAUUCUGGGCCUCUCGGAUCAGCACCCUAGCGCUUUGCUCCUUGUAUGCUUCAGAGCGGCCCAGCUUGCAACAAUUGGUGGUUAAGGGUGAUAUCAUUGUGAAGGAGGAAACAAGGGAUGUUAUCAUGACCCGUUCUAGGACCAAGCAAAGUACGCCACCUAAACAUGUCCCAACCGAGUGGACCAGGAUCCCCUUCCCUGCGAAGGCACUCAAACUCAUCAUUCAUGAGUUGACAUCUGGCGGUGAAUCUGCAUCAAUGGGGCUAGGGGACAUUGAACCCUCUGACCUGGCCACUGACGAUGGGGACGAGACUUGGGAGGAUGAGGGCCAUUUAUGCCCGGGCAUGGACAAGGACGAGAUGGCUUUCUUGUCCGAGUUGCUGGGUCCUCGCGGCGCCGCUUUUGACAACGAGGAAGGCUUUGACGACAUCGAUGACGAUGACCUGAAGGCAGAUCCCAUCUCUCAAAUUGACUUGGAUGCUCAUAUAAGGACGUUCUUGCGCGAAUGCGCAUCUCGCAACGUCAAUAACUUCUCUGCAUUAGUCGAUAUACUUAGUCCGGACGAGACGUUGGUUGUGCAGAAAGUCGUUUCUGAACAGUAGGCGAGCAGAUCUCUUUUCCUCAUUGUCAAAAUCACCGGUUGUUUGCCCUGUAUGUACGAGUGCGGAUAAGUAGACAUUACGAUAUAAUAACUGGAUCCCUUAAACAUGGAUGUGAAUGAUGAAUGAUAUAUCUAAAACUACAUAGGAUGUCAAUGGACAAUGUGCAAAUUAAAAUCCUUCCUUGCCUAAAUCCCACUCCCUCACACUACCCCGUUUCUUGUACUCUAUAGCCAUGAUGUCGAUCCCCUCACUGCCAGCUUUCUCAGUUUUCUUCUUCACGCUCUUCUCUUUAGUGAUCCCCAGUCUCUCUAGCCGCUUCCUCUCUUCUUUAUCCUCACGUUUCAAUCGAAUAAGUUCUAGCAU